AUGCCUGCAAUGUUAAAAGUCCAAGCCACACACCAGGCUGAGCCUUCGCCCACCUACGCAGCCAUGCCUCCCCCUUCUAACACUGCGUCGCCCAGCCCCCCUGUGUCAUCAUUCAGCAUGUCAGCUGAGGACAUGGCCCAUAUGUACACUGGCGCACCUUACGGUCCUUCUAGCGUCCCUUAUCCCAGUCCUGUUCACAACUCUGGGCUAUAUCCUGGCAUGAACACAGUGAAUCUCAUGACCCAAAGCGUAAGCAACGGCGGCAGCUCUAUGAGACUUCAUCCUAUGCACUACGGAGGUCACGGCUUUAUCCCGAACAUGGGAGGCUAUCCAAUGAGCCCAAUGUACAGUCCAGGCAUGAGCGGAUUUCCUGGGCAAAUCAGCGGUAUCAGCACUGGUGGCCAUCCUACAAUGUUUGCGCAGGUUACCAUACCUUCUGUAGGCUCCACCGAGCCUGUUACCAUGCAGGACGCCCUUCCCGCACUCUCGAGCGAUUCUCUCCCCAGUCCAGAUACCAGCCGUGACACCGACCCCACUGGAACCAACACCAGCAACACCUCUCUGACUGUUGAGCAAAUCAAAAAUCUCGUGAGGAAAGAGAUGGAGAGCGCAGACGGAAAGAGGAAGGCUGAUAAGCUCAAGAUCACAGGUCCUGUCAGGAUUAUGCUUGACUUGGUUGGAGUUAACUCGGUCCGCAACGAAAAGAUGGUCCUUCCUGAACCUUUGCCCGAUGGUGCUCCUUUGUGUGUUGAGAACAACGUCCCACUCUAUAAUCCGCACUGGAAAGAAAGUAUCAGCCUCAAUGUUAACCAUGAAUACCUUGAAGCAGUAGUCGACCACAUUGUCAAAAAACAGAAUGUCAGAUGUACUCUAAAUGAAGCAGACGCCACUCCGGUACAUCUUUGGCUCACAGCCGAGACGUACUUCACUACGCUUCAUAGUAAUUACAAGGCGCAGACCACCGUCAAUGACUUCCAGGCUCGAUACAGCGAAGAGAACACAGUUGGUGUCCAGGAGCUCCUGCACAGUGACUACAUGUCAUCCGAGCACUCUGACUCUGGCGAAGCUGUUGCUAGAAAGCACAACACUCACGAAGAAGCUCGGGGCAUUGGCAGGCUUGAGUUUAACCACAUUAUUGGUGCGCUUGAGACAUUAUCAAAGGAAGCCAAGAGCCGUGAUGAAGGACGUGCUACCAAGUUGCGCAUUUGUGGUUCUAUCGACAACAAUUACACAGGCCCCCCUCCAAAGAAUAAGCCUCCUUUUGAAAGCUGCAUCAGCACUGACUGGGCUCACCAUACUGGGACACUCGGUUCUUUUGAAGUUCUUGCCAAUUCUGAGGACUACACCAUCUUCUUGCUGGCCAUUCCUGACAAUGAUUUACCCCAGUGCUUGCAUCGUGUUGACUGUUCGCAGCCAGCUGAACUAGGUAAUAGCCAGUCAGGUGAUGAAGCCGAUGAUGAACACGAAUGA